CCUACCUUUUUAAAUCUAUCAGCUACUUCUUGGGUACAGAUUCAUGUUCCGUUUGAUACACACUUCUGAAAUAACACAUUUACUUUUAGUGUCAUUAUUUAGCGUGAAUGACAUUCAUCUGUGUGAAGACGUCGAUCACGUUAAUGUUUUCUCAAAAUAAUUGUAAUGAUUUGACCGAUACGUAUCAAAAUGCAACCUUUUAUUUUCUAUAAAUCGCUGCAAAUGCUUCCAUUUCCAAAUCAUUAUUUCUACGAAAAUCCUCGGAAAUCACAAUUUCCCUUCCCCGUUGACCUAUUAGGAGCCAUCAAAGCCGAGCCCCCAAUUUUCCACAUUCAAUAUGUCGCCGUCGUCGGCGUACAAUUCAGCGACCACGGCGUGAUCUAGGUAACGAUGAAGUCUACGGGUGGCACUUUCACGGGGAUGCAGGCCACGCCCUUCGCAGGCCCCGCCGACAGGGGGCGCUGUAGUCGCCUUGGACCUCACUGCCCUUCCAACAGCAUCGCUCACCUUCAGCCGGCCUGACGCACCCAAAACAGGGGAAAGGCAGCCACGAAUCUCGAAUAGCUCUUCCAGUGCAGCGGAGGGGCCACAUUUCUUCUUCUUCAGUUCUUUUAAUAAUGUAGGCCGGUCGUUUGCUAUUUUGACAACUAAUUAGCGCCGUCUUGGCUCACUGCGACACGGAAACGCCACCAGGCUUCUUCGCUUUUUCGACGCUUCAAUAGUCCAAGGAGGGGAAAAAAAAAAGAACGAACACCCCAAGCUUGUCUGCAGUCCCUGUGGAAGAGGAAAGAGCGACCUCCGUGGAUAUCCCGUCGUGUCCUGACGCUUCGGGUCCUAGGCCGCCAGCAGCAUCUUCGCCAGCCUCCUCCUCCUCCUCCUCCUCCUCCUCCUCAUCCUCAUCCAAUCUGCGCCAUGGCCGACGUCCCAGCCGAGUGCAACAUCAAAGUGCUGUGUCGCUUUCGUCCUCUCAACCAGUCCGAGAUCAUUCGGGGGGACCUUUUCCUGCCCAAAUUCCAAGGAGAUGACACUGUCGUCGUCGGGGGCAAGUCCUACAUGUUCGAUCGAGUGUUUCCAACCAACACCACCCAGGAGCAGGUGUACAACACCUGUGCCAAGCAGAUUGUCAAGGAUGUGCUGGGCGGCUACAACGGCACCAUCUUCGCCUAUGGGCAAACGUCUUCGGGCAAGACUCACACCAUGGAGGGCAAGCUGCACGACCCUCACCAGAUGGGCAUCAUCCCCCGCAUUGCCGAGGACAUCUUCAACCACAUCUUUGCCAUGGAUGAAAACCUGGAAUUCCACAUCAAGGUUUCCUAUUUCGAAAUCUACAUGGACAAAAUCCGUGACUUACUGGACGUGACAAAGACCAACCUGUCUGUCCACGAGGAUAAGAACCGUGUGCCGUAUGUCAAGGGAUGCACCGAGCGCUUUGUCUCCAGCCCGGACGAGGUGAUGGACUUGAUUGACGAGGGCAAAUCAAACCGCCACGUCGCCGUUACCAACAUGAACGAGCACAGCUCUCGCAGCCACAGCAUCUUCCUGAUCAACAUCAAGCAGGAGCACGUGGAGACCGAGCAGAAGCUUUGCGGAAAACUCUAUCUGGUGGACCUGGCGGGAAGCGAGAAGGUCAGUAAGACGGGGGCCGCAGGAGCCGUGCUGGACGAGGCCAAAAACAUCAACAAGUCUCUGUCGGCCCUGGGAAACGUCAUCUCAGCCUUGGCCGAGGGCACGAAAAGCCACGUGCCGUACCGUGACAGCAAAAUGACCCGCAUCCUGCAGGAUUCUCUUGGCGGGAAUUGUCGCACCACCAUGUUCAUCUGCUGUUCGCCCUCCAGCUAUAAUGACGCCGAGACUAAGUCCACACUGAUGUUUGGGCAACGCGCCAAGACUAUCCGUAACACGGCUUCCAUCAACUUGGAACUGACAGCUGAGCAGUGGAAGAGGAAGUACGAGAAGGUGAAGGAGAAGAGCAAGACCCUGAAGGAGAGCAUCCAAAAGCUGGAGGCCGAGCUCAACCGCUGGAGGAACGGAGAGGACGUACCCGAGACGGAGAGGACCCGGCCGGAGAUCGCGACCCGUUACGAGUCGGCGGAGGAGCGGCCCGUUCUGGAUAACGACACCUCUUCCAUUGUGGUUCGCAUUUCCGAGGAGGAGCGCCAGAAAUAUGAAGAGGAGAUCCGCAAGCUGUACAAGCAGCUGGACGACAAGGAUGAUGAGAUCAACCUGCAGUGUCAGCUGGUGGAGAAACUGAAGCAGCAGAUGUUGGACCAGGACGAGCUGUUGGCGUCUUCGCGCGGGGACGGCGACAAGGUGCAGGCGGAGCUCGGCAGGCUGCAGGUGGAGAGCGACUGCGCUAAGGCGGAGGUGAAGGAGGUGCUGCAAGCUCUGGAGGAGCUGGCCAUCAACUAUGACCAAAAGAGCCAGGAGGUGGAGGAGAAAGGUCUGCAGAACCAGCUGCUGGCCGACCAGCUGGCUCAGAAAAUGGCAAGUCUGAUGGAGCUGGAGGCGGAGCUAUCUCGCAUGCAGGAAGUGAGCGGUCAGCAGAGGAAACGUAUCGCUGACGUCCUCAACGGGCUGAUGAGGGACCUGAGCGAGUUCAGCUCCAUUGUGGGCAACGGCGAAAUCAAGCUGCCGGUGGAGAUCAGCGGCGCCAUCGAAGAGGAGUUCACAGUGGCUCGCCUCUACAUUAGCAAGAUCAAGUCGGAGGUGAAGAGCAUGGUGAAGCGUUGCCGGCAGCUGGAGAACAUGCAGCUGGAGUGCCACCGCAAGAUGGAGGAGACCGGGAGGGAACUCUCCUCGUGCCACCUCCUCAUCUCUCAGCACGAGGCUAAGAUCCGCUCGCUGACGGAGUACAUGCAGAGCGUGGAGCACAAGAAGAGGCUGCUGGAGGAAAGUCACGACUCUCUGAGCGAAGAGCUGGCCAAGCUGCAGGAGCGAGACAAUUCUCUUCUGGAGGAGAAAGACGGAGAGAAGGGGGAGACUGAAGAUGGAAAUGUGAAGAAAGUCGCCCGUCAACAGGCGGAGUCUCACCGCGGCCUCCAUCACAAGCAGCUGGCUCGACUGCGCGACGAGAUCAACGAGAAGCAGCGACUCAUCGACGAACUCACCGAUCGGAAUUCCAAGAUGGAGCUGGAGCUGGCUCAGGUUCGCUCGGAAUUUGAGCGUCUGAAGAGUCAGGACAGCAGCAAGAGCGAGCGCCUGGAGGAGCUCUCAUUCCGGCACGAGCGCCAUGAGCAGACUAAACAGGACCUGAAGGGUCUGGAGGAGAUUGUCGCCCGCGAACUCCAGACCCUCCACAACAUCCGCAAGCUGUUCGUUCAAGACCUCACGUCGCGGGUUAAAAAAAGUUCCGAAAUGGAACCUGAUGAUAGCGGGGGGUCGUGCACCCAGAAGCAGAAGAUUUCCUUUCUUGAGAAUAACCUGGACCAACUUACAAAGGUUCACAAACAGCUGGUUCGUGACAAUGCAGAUCUGCGUUGUGAGCUUCCAAAGCUGGAGAAACGCCUUCGGUCUACUGCUGAGCGAGUUAAGGCCCUGGAGACUGCACUGAGGGAUGCCAAGGAGGGCGCCAUGAUGGACCGCCGUCGCUACCAGCAGGAAGUCGACCGCAUCAAAGAUGCCAUGAGGGCCAAGAACGCCUUGCGACGUCCUCAUGCGGCGCAGAUUGCCAAGCCCGUGAGGCCCAAGCAAAUGCCCGUCUGCUCCCCCAGCAACCCGUUCUACUCGUACAUCCGGGCCACCGAGCACGCCGACACCUUCAGCAACGCCGUCUUUCAGAGCAACGUGACGCCGACCAACUCCGCGAGCGUCAACUGCAACCCAAACUCUGUUCAGACCAACACAGUUUCCACAGCACUGGGCUACAGAGCGGGCAGAUACAACGGAGACAUACUGGAAUCCUUCCCGCUUAACAUUGACAAUGGGAACAGCAUCAGUGACACAAGAGACAUCAAUGACAACAGGAGCGAUGUGCACUGCGGCAGCGAGGCGGACGACUCCAACAGACACUUCCUCGCUCACCGGGAGACGGCCGCGAGUUAAUGCCGAGGUGACGACCAAACUGUGUACAUGUGACCCGCACCCUCCGCCCCAGCAAUCUGCAUGCAGCCCGCCUCUCCGUUCCUCCGCCGCACCGCCGAUGAAGAUGCUGACGAUGGUGAUCGAUUGCUUUCUAGUCUCUUAAGUAGAUAAAAGCUCCUCCUCUUCCUUCUACUAGCGCCAUUUACUUCCAUAGACGCGUGGCCUCCAAUGAAGUCGGUGCAGCAUUUUUGUUGUUGUAAAUGUAAAACACUGCAUGUCCCUCAGCCAAUCAAGUUGCCCCUGGACUAUUCUGGACUCUGACUACUACUACUACUGAAAAGUAGUUGGUGUGUACUCUAGUCCGGGUUUUUGACCAGCAUCUUUUUUGUGUUAAAGCACAAGCUUCCCCUGCACACGUCGUCUUCUAUCAGGGCCUCAGUCCUAAAUAGGGCCACAGUGUCCAGAACCACACACACACACACACACACACACACACAUUACGUACAUGUCACUUAGCGGGUUAGCGGCCAAAUAUUCGCAUGUGUUGUGAUUCCAGUCAGGGGCGAAGCAUCCGAGUGACCUGACCACAUAACAGAAAGACGAAGGUGUUUUACAUUAUAUAGAAAAACGACAACACACGGAGUCGGAUAGCUUCAGAUCUGUCAUUCGUGGUAACAAAAAUAAAUAAAAUGCAAAAAAAAGGAUAUGAACGGGAUCUCUACGACUGCAGUGUAAUUGGACAGAUCGGAUAUCUCGUGUCACUACAAGGCAGACAUCAGCGGAAUAUGUCAAGCGACGACUUACCGUCAUUUGCGUGUCUAUCCAAACGACAGCACGCUCAAAGCUCAGAAGACCGAAGAGCGGUGCUGUUUUUUUUGUUUUUACGUUCGCUUUGGAUUCUUUUGAGCAUUUAUUACAUGUAAGCAUGUUGAUCUCGCGUCUGGAAAGUAGAAAGCAACAAACCGUAGGCGCCGAAUUGGAAUUGGGCCUUAAGAUCUGCAGAGUAAAUCCAGCCAGGGAAGGCUUUUCAUCCCCUAUUCUGGUAGCGGUGCUUUGUUUAAGGCAGAUGUCAUCGCGCGGUAUAAAGUAAUCACACAAAAACACUCCACUCUUAAAAGGCAAAAGAAGAUUAGACCGGCAAACCACUUGUGCGCUUUAAUAUUGUGACGCUUCAGCUUGUUUCCAUUGCAGGGUCCGCUUACUGCGUUCAAUGUUGACCGUUUCGGAGAAGUUCAGAAACUAGAUUUCACCGUCGAUGUUUAAUUCAUCAGAAAAUAUUAGAAAGCUGCCAAUGAAAUCAGAAGAGCGUCCCAGACAUUGACUGUUAACCGGUCUUUGGGUCUUGAAUUGAGAAGCGGGAUAAUAAGUCCCGUGCUGGGAGAAUAUUUGCAAGGAAGUCCCCAGCUGAGCACCCAGCAGUCUGGCUUGGACCAACAGGAGCGCAUUUGUUGUAUGAAAACAGUCAGGCUGUGAUUCUUUCCUCGUAAAUCCUGACCAGCCAAUCAGGAGAAAAGAACACAGAAGAACAUUGUAGGUGAACAGAUGCAUGUGGACUUCGCUCAGUUUCUCAAUGAAAGAACUCGCGCCUAAUCAUACACAUUCACGCAUACGCCUCUUCUGCAUAUGUCGGAAUUGUUUUUCAUUCGGAUUCGUUAUUCCUCAUUCACAGAGAAAUUGGAGCAAAAAGCUUGUCUUGCGCCAAGAUUUGACACAGACCCUACCGAUGCAUCCCGUACGACUAUACGUGAGCAGAGCGUCGCCAUUCUAUCGUAAUCGAGACGAUAUGUCGUAUUGUCAUUGCUACUUCCGCCGUCUAGUUUAAACAUAUCUUAUAGAAAUAUAUACAAUAUAUAUGUGCUAUUUAUUGCUCAUCUUGUAAUGAAGACAUGGCGACCGACAGGAGAACGUUUCACUGGAAAUCUGAAAUAUCUGUUGGAUUUGUUUCUGUAUGUCUGUACCGUAGCAUCGACAUCCUGUGAUAAUCACCGCGCGAGACUCCUGUAUGUAAAUACACAUAUUUACCGCGUUGUAUUUCAGCCAUUGUGUUGUCGUUAAAAGUUCAAUAAACUUGGAGAAAGGGAA